UGCCCACAAUGGCGACUGUAGGUAUGCAAAAUACCUCUGGUUCCUUAUCCGGGAACUACCUCUUACUCUGCUAUUGGGCCAUUGGGUCACGUGGUAAAAGUAACUUUACAGCGCUGCUCGCAAGUAGGAGGGCUUUAUGGAGCAGAAAAACGACAAAGCUAGAAAAAUUAUUUUCCACUCCAGAAAUUAAUGAUCAUGAGCUCGUAUUUGAUGGAGUCUAACUACAUUGAUCCGAAAUUUCCUCCAUGCGAGGAAUAUUCUCAAAAUAACUACAUCCCUGAGCAUAGUCCAGAAUUUUACAGCCGCGCAAGGGAGACUGGCUUCCAGCAUCACCAUCAGGAGUUAUAUCCUCCGCGGGCGAGCUACCAAGAGCGCCAGUAUAACUGUGCAAGCAUCCCUGAACCCGACACGCCAAGGGGACAUGGAGUACCCCAAUCUGCGCACCUGCUGACAGGGAAAGGGCAACCUGCUUCAUGUGAAACACCACAGUUGUCCAUGUCCCCCGCCACCCCACCGGCCGCAACCUCCGCCUGCAACCAAGCUACCCCGGAGCAUCCAAACAGCACAGCCUCCUCCAAGCAGCCCGUGGUUUACCCAUGGAUGAAGAAAAUUCAUGUCAGCACUGCGAACCCGGGUUACAAUGGGACGGAGUCCAAGCGGUCUAGGACAGCCUACACACGGCAGCAAGUCUUAGAAUUGGAGAAGGAAUUCCACUAUAACCGAUAUUUAACUCGGCGGAGGCGCAUCGAGAUCGCCCACACCCUGGUUCUAUCCGAGCGACAGAUUAAAAUCUGGUUUCAAAACCGCAGGAUGAAAUGGAAAAAGGAUCACAGGCUCCCGAACACCAAAGUGAGAUCCUCUUCCUCCUCCGGGUCCAACACAAGCUCAGCAGCCGGCGCUGUUGCAGCUGCUUCGGCCACUAACACUGGGGCCCCCGACGAACUCACCGGAGCACAGAAUGGCGAGGAUAUUACCAGGUUAUAAAACCACGAACCAAGGAGUAGAAAAAGGACUGGUUAUUUAUAGAACAAUUAUAUAUUUUGUUUUCGUAGCUAUCUUGUGCGGUUUCCUUUAAGUCCAAAGUUAUAUAAAUUGCAUGUUAUAUAGCAUGGAUUAUUGCGAAUACCGAUUAAUUAUUUUUACGUGACACAGGGUUUAAUUUAUUUGAAGCUCAAUUAAGAUGAUGUUUUUUAUUAAAAAAUGUUUUGAAUGAAGGAAAAAAAUAGUAUAAAAAAAAAUACAUUUUAUCAAAAUGUUAUUGUGGGCCAUUCUUUUGCCCAGAUGCCCAAGGUGAAAUGCACAAUCUAUUUAUUUCAAACCACACUGGAAGGAAAUCAAUAUAAUAAUAGUUAUUUUUGGUAUAAAAAAGCUGGAACACACCAUUGAUCUUGAACUUGUAUUGUUUUGGACAAUAACAAUGUGUGAAUUACCUCGUGUAUUUCAGAAACAGGAUUUUGAUUUACAAUAUAGUUUUGUGGUGUUGAUGUUGUGUUUAUUAGACCGUUAAUAAGCAGAUUAUUGUGAAAUGCAAUAAACGGAGUGUAGUGUACUUGUGCUAAUAAUAUUGGUCAAUAAAGCAGUGAGUGUCUAGUUUUAUAUACGUUUGGUCGAACUUCAUUUUAGGCAAGAUGAGGUCUGCUAUUGUUUUAUGGCUUUUUUUUAGAGAGAUCACCUUAAAAAGUGUACAGAUGUGUGAAUACUUGAACAUUUCAUGAGGGAAACAAGAAUCACUGUGUUUUUAAAUUGUGAUUGUAAAUCCUGCAGC